GAGGAGGUUGGGCGGGCGUUGGGCCCCAUGUGCGGGCGUGUUUGCCCAGGGCCGUAUUUCGGUGAGCGUCCCGGGCCCGGUGCCCGUCCGGUGAGCCCGCCGCUUUGUGGACCCGGCGCCCACCGGAGCCGAAGCGUCUGCAAUGAACCCGGUGAAUGCCACUGCUCUCUACAUUUCCGCCAGCCGCCUGGUGCUCACCUACGAGCCCGGAGACCCCAAGGCCUUCGCCGAGAUCAGCAGGCUCCUCCCCUACUUCCGACAGUCGCUCUCCUGCUGCGUUUGCGGGAAUCUGCUCCAAGAUCCGAUCGCUCCCACCAACUCUACGUGUCAACACUAUGUCUGUAAAACCUGUAAAGGCAAGAAGAUGAUGAUGAAGCCGUCAUGUAGUUGGUGCAAGGACUAUGAACAAUUCGAAGAAAAUAAGCAGCUGAGCAUCCUAGUGAACUGCUACAAAAAGCUGUGCGAGUACAUCACCCAGACCACGUUAGCCCGGGACAUCAUCGAAGCGGCGGACUGCUCCGCCGACAUCCUGGCCCUGCUCCAGGAUGGCCCGCCGCUCUGCGAAGAGAGCGACAAGCCCCCGGAAGCCUCUUUCGCUGUGCACCUGACACAUUCCCCCUUGCCUUCGACCUCAGACCCCGCCGGCGACCCUCCAGCCGGUCUGUCGCCGAUCCCCGAGAGCACCGUCCACGUGGACGGGGGCGGCUCCGUCCUCAACGGCCUGCCCGCCUGCAACGGGCUGCCGGUGGAGAAGCUGAGCGCGCCCGUCCCGUCCCCGGAGCGGCCGAGCGCGACGGAUGCGCGCGACCCCGGGGAGGACGUCAAGACGGAGGCCGUCCCCGGCGGCGGCCCGCAGCCCGCCUGCGACGCGGUCUCCGCCGGCGACCUGUGCCCGGCGGGCCUCGACAUCUGCGGCUUCGGCGAAGACCUCAAACCCGGCGACUCCCUGCUGCUGAGCGUGGAGGAGGUGCUGCGGAGCCUGGAGACGGUCUCCGGCACCGAGGUCUGCUGUUCCGACGCGCAGCCCGGCCCGGAGGCCGGGGUGGCCAACGGGCCCUUCGUGCAGCUGGCUCCCCCGCCCCCGGGCCGCGGCGUCUUCGUGUCCGCCAGCCCCUCGCCCCACGGGCCGUCCUGCCCCCCGGCCGCCCCCAAGGUCGCCAAGCUCAACCGCAAGCGCUCCCGGUCGGAGAGCGACAGCGAGAAGGUGCAGCCGCUCCCCAUCGCCAGCAUCCUCCGCGGGCCCGCCCUGGGGGCGUCGGCCCCCGUCCCCGCGAAGCGGGAGACGAAGAUCUCCCUGCAGCCCGUCGCCGCCGUCCCCAACGGCGGGAGCGCCCCCAAGCUCGGCAAGACCGUGCUCCUGGCCAGCAAGAGCGUGAAGAAGAACCUGGACCACGGGCCCAAGAAAGCUCACCCGAAGGCCAAACCGGGGGUGCUGAAGACGAAGGACAAGGUGACCAAGGAGAAGGUUCCGAGCAAUAACGUGAUGCCGGGCAGCCCGACCAAGACUGUGUACAAAAAGCCCCAGGAGAAGAAGGGCUGCAAGUGCGGGCGCGCGACCCAGAACCCAAGUGUUCUUACGUGCCGAGGCCAGCGCUGCCCCUGCUACUCGAACCGGAAAGCCUGCUUGGACUGCAUAUGCCGCGGCUGCCAAAACUCCUACAUGGCCAACGGCGAGAAGAAGCUGGAGGCGUUCGCCGUGCCGGAGAAGGCCCUGGAGCAGACGCGGCUGACGCUGGGCAUUAACGUGACUAGCAUCGCCGUGCGCAAUGCCAGCACGAGCACCAGCCUGAUCAACGUCACGGGGUCCCCCGUCACCACCUUUUUAACCGCCAGUACGCACGACGACAAAAGUCUGGACGAAGCUAUAGAUAUGAGAUACGACUGUUGAAGCCGGGCUCGUCCCCCGGGCCGGGGGUGGC